AUGAGUCGUUCCUCCUGGAGCGAGCGGUGGAGAGCUUCUGCAGCGGGGCUGUGCCUUUCGGGCCUUUUUACGGUGGGAUAUUGGGAAGAGAGUCGGAGACGACCCGAGGAGGUGUUGUUUCUCAAGUACGAGGACCUGUGCAGAGAGCCCAAAGAGCAGGUCAGGAAGCUCGCUUCAUUUAUGAAGCCGUUUUUCUCGACAUCGACGGCGGGUGGUGAUGAUGAUGAGGUGGUGGUGGGUGGAGAAAGUGUUGUGGCGUAG